GCGGCAGCUGCGGUGGUUGGCGUUGAAAUACAUUGGCCGUUGACUGGAGUUAGCUGCAGCUCUGUUGGUUGAAUGAAUGGAUGAUAUAACGAGCCUUUUAGGAUUGGAUUCUCGUAUUGGAUUUUCACGAGAGAGGAGGAUAUCUAUUCUGGGAUUUGUUUUAUUUAUAUGCGCUCCAUUCUAUGCGCCUUUUUUUCUCUCCCCACCCUUUCCAGGUGUGGUGUCGUCGAGGACGAGCGGGUCUUGCGCGGUGGAUUUGGCCUCCGCUACACUCUGCAAUCUGUAGAGUUUUUCAGUGGAGGUCAGGGUAAAGGGCGCUAUUAUUUCUCUUUUUUUUCCUCAAAGGGGGGCUCUUUUGUUUUCCGCCUAUAGCUCCCAUGGUGAAUUGAGCUAUUGUCGGAGAACAGCCUCUACAGCUAAACUGCCGAUUCUCUACCCAUCUAUUCCCUUUCCACCCCUCCCCCAAUUCCCCUCCACCCCUCCCCCAAUUCCCCUCCACCCCAUAAAAAAUACAUUCACCUGAACCAACCCCCUCCAACCUUCCUUUCCCACACCUCCAUCUCCCCUCGCCAUCCUCCCUCCUUGCUUCCCAUGCCCCAUUUUCUUCAUCCUUACCCCUGCCACCCCCUCCCCUUCCGCAGCAUAGCGGCUACGUAAUGCGCCUCCCGACGCAUGCGAACAGGGAUGCUACAAAUGGUGGUUCGGACUGAUCGCUGACAUAAAAAAAAGGGUGAUGCCUGGCGCAACCACCACCGCCGCAAUGGAUCAGCCCGGGAAAACGCAGCAGAUGCCAAUCCACCGCAGUCUGGAUUGAGAGGCGGCUGUAGUAGCUUGCCUGUGGAUGUGAAUGACUAAACGUGCGUGUGUGUGUAUGCAAGCGUGCACGCUGGUCCUCCGUCAUGUCUCUCGUCUGAUCCCUUGCACGGGGCGACCCUGCUGAUGUGGGGGAGGCACUAAGCCUCAGGUUGGCCUCCCCCCGAACCCAGUAGUAGCCCCCGUGGCAGGCCGCUUGCCCCUGGGGUCGCUAUGAAGAAUACCCGCAGCACCAACCUGCGGCGGGCCUGGCCCAGUUCGGACCUGUCCGAGCGGCUGCCGGAGCGCACCCGCUCCCGGAGCGAGAAGGACUUCCGUCUCCAGCAGAAACACCACCACACUCCCCCUCCUCCACCCCACAUCUCACCAGGCCCCCCCCAGGGCUACCAAAUGCCAGGUGAUGUGUCUCCCAUCAGCAUGUCUCCUAUCAGCCAGUCCCAGUUCAUCCCACUGGGGGAGAUCCUGUGUCUGGCUAUCUCAGCCAUGAACUCUGCUCGCAAGCCCGUCAGCCAGGAGGCGCUGAUGGAACACCUCGCCACCUGCUUCCCAGGUGUUCCGACACCGAGCUCGGAAAUUCUGCGACACACCCUAAACAUGCUGGUGCGAGAGAGGAAAAUCUACCCAACACCUGAGGGCUACUUCAUUGUCACUCCCCAGGCCUACUUUAUCACCCCCAACCUCAUCCGAUCCAACAGCAAGUGGUACCACCUGGACGACCGGCAGCAGCAACAACAACAGCAGCAGUGUACCUCCCCACAGUCGGGCACCAUCACGCCCUCCACCCCGGGCUGCACGAGGGAGAGGCCCAACCAGAAAAACCACGGUGACUCCUACAACACGUACCGCGAUGAUACACCCAUACCUCAUGCCCCGGCUUACCAGAGGAAGUCUCCCAAGGAGCCUCGGGGAGAGCCCCCCUCCUACCCUGAGCCCCCUCCGGCUCCCGUUCAGACGUCAUCACAGUUGCAAGAGCCUCUGAUGGACAAGAGCAAGAGCAAUGCCCCCUUCCCCUACAAGACUGACACGCUGACCAAAAAAAAGGAGGGCAGUGGUGGUGGCAGCAGUGCCGAGAAGCAAUCAAAGAAAUUUGGGCUGAAACUGUUCAGGCUGAGCUUCAAGAAAGACAAGCUGAGGCAGCUGGCCACGUUCUCGGCCCAGUUCCCCCCAGAGGAAUGGCCCCUCCGCGAUGAGGACGCGCCUGCCAUCACCAUCCCCCGCACUGUAGAGAUGGAGAUCAUCCGGCGGAUCAACCCAGACCUGACGGUGGAGAAUGUGGCACGCCACACGGCCGUGAUGAAGAGGCUGGAGGAGGAGCGUGCCCAGAGGAGAAAAGCAGGCAGCUCGGCUGAGCACAGUGCACGCAGCCGGAGGAGCCGUGGUCACCGUCGGGUGCCGCACGGCAAGUCCCGUUCACACAGCAAGGCUCGCGUCUCCCGGGGUGGCCCGUCCGAGAGUUCCAACCUGGACAUGGCCAUGGUGGACAGGGAUUACAGCCGCUUCUUCAGCCACUCGCUGGUGCGCUCCCCUCGUGAGGCCAUGUACACAUUGGAGCGCAAACGAAGCGGCGGGACUUACAUAGUCCACAGUAACCCCAACAUUCCAGAGUCCCACUUCCCCGUCACCCCAGAGUGGGACGUGUCCGGGGAAUUGGCGAAAAGGAGGACAGAGAUGCCUUUCCCCGAGCCCUCGCGCGGGACAUCCAGCGGGAGAGUGCACCGAAGCCACAGUCAAACUCAAGAAGGAAGGAAGUCGCGCGACGAGAUGCCCGAUCAGGCUAAGGAGAGGUCCCGCUCCAUGGAUAACGCUUUGAGCCCUCUGGGCGGAAUGAGCACCUCUUUGGGGAUGUCAGAGGACUAUGAGCGGAGUCCCGACGAGCGGAGUCAUUACUACACAGAUGAUGGGACUUUGCGGGCCUCCCAGAAGUCGUCCCACUACUCAAGGAUCAUGUUCUCGGCUGCCAAGUUCAACUCUGAAAUGUAUGUGCCUGAUUUGGGGAAGGGGAGCUUAGGGAAGGGGAGCUUGGACGAGUCUAGGAUCCGAAGCCCACUGGAAAGGAACAAGAGCAGAGACAGCUUGCCGGCCUACAGUGAUCUGAAGGGACUCUCGCCCAAGCCCUCGGCGGACGACUACUUCCAGUGCAAUACGUCGAACGAAACAAUCCUUACCGCCCCUUCACCUCUGUCAAAAGCAGACCACGACACGUUAACCUCUUCUGAGGGAAUCCGGAAGGGCACUCCGGCUGAUCGCCACACCCCUCACCUUACCUCUCCCCUCACAAUGGAAUACAAAGAGGACUCUUUGGCAAAGGGACAAAACGGCUCAAAACGGCCAACACCAAGCCAGACCCCAGAGCCCAUGCCUAAUGGACGUUUGAUACAACACCAACACAACGUAGACCCUGGAGGGGGAGGCGGUGGUGGUGGGGCAGACAAGAGGAAGGAGAUCUUCAGCAAGGACACUUUGUUCAAGCCUCCGCACAACGCGUUGACUGCAGGCUACGUGGACGGCACCUACACCAAGUCGGGCACCCUGCGAAAGACCCCACACAUCAAAUCAGCCGAUGUUCUUGACAAUCUAGAGGCCCAGCAGCCUUCGAAUUCAGCAGCUUCCCCCGCUUCCGCCCUGGGCCUCCAGGGCUCCGAGCCAGCGGUCCCGUCAGCCUCCGAGGCCGCCUUUGACUACUACAAUGUGUCGGACGAUGACGAGGAGGAGGUGGUGGUGGAGGAGGCCUCACGGGAGGAGUUAGUGGCGGCAGAGGUCAAAGGGCACGGGCAGGGUGAAAUCGGAACCAUGCAGUGGCUUCUGGAGCGGGAGAAGGAGCGUGAUCUGCAGCUCAAGUUUGAGACUAACCUCACGCUGCUCAGCCCCAAGGAGACAGAGAACAGUAGCAGCCAGAAGUCAGCACAUUCGGCACGUCUGGAUAGCAUGGACAGCAGCAGUGUGACUGUAGACAGUGGAUUCAACUCCCCAAGGACACGUGAAAGCCUGGCUUCCAACACGUCGAGCAUCAUGGAGAGCAAUAGACGACAGAAUCCAGCAUUGAGUCCGGGCCACAUGGGCACCACCAGCAUCGGUCCGCCUUUCAGCUUUCGCACCAUCCCAGAACCCCCCCAUACCGCACAGCCUGAGAAACUGCAGAAGUCUUCAACCUGCCUGGCAUCCAUCACCAGCGUCUGACCUGACAUACAGACAGACAUACAUCAAGGCCUGAAAUGGAGGACGUGGAUUAUUAAGGUUAUGGUAGGGACCAUUGGGGGUAAUAGGGGGGGGUGGGGGGGGGGGUGGAGAAGGCAGAAGUUGGGUCACGUUGUGCCCCCACCUUCUCCUCACCCAUCCACACACACAUGUCCACCCUCCCUCACCCAACCCCCAGAAAAUCCAACUACUACUGGGACUGUUAACCACACAGGCAUGGCUUCCAGAGACUGUUUCCACAGCUUCAAAACUUCACUGCAAAAAAACAAA